AUGACUGAGUUGGGCUCAAACUCUAAUUCUGAGCAACAUGAACAUGAACAUGAGCGAGAACUGUUACAUAAUGACCUUGUUGUUGAGGUUAUGACAUCCUCAACAAACAAAGCGGUAGACAAUGCUACGACGACCACGGCAACGACACAUUUAGAGAACAGUAGAGCAACAACACCUGUGUUCAACAAGUCGACUGUUGUGGAUGUGGACUCUAGUGAGUGCGACCCUUUCGAACAUAUGCACUCCAACUCUGUCAACUUUACAAUACCAAUUGAGAUGUUACCAAUGACUUAUCCAGACAUUGCUCAAACAACUGGCGAUGAUAUAUUACAUAGUCCAAGUUUGAAUUCAUCCUCCUCAUCUUCAUCAUCUACAUCUUCACCUUCAACUUCACCACCAAUACAUGAUGGGAUACAACAACAAGAAGAAUCAUCCUCCUGGUUCUCAUCAAUACAGAGUUCAUUCAGGACAUUCAACAAUCGAAUCAAACAAAUGUUCAUCUCACCAGAGACAGAGGAGGCAUUGGGAGAGAUAGAGACAUUGUUCACAAAGUUCUUCAAGGAUGUACCUUAUUCAAAGUUCGACAUGUUGACAGGCUUGUUGCUGUUGGAUAGUUAUUAUAAGAACGCGCAUAUUGCAUCGGGCGAGCAUAAGGAGGACAAGGAGUUUGUACGAUUGGCAUCACAUUACAUGCGAUUCGCCGCAGCAAGCUUUGGCUCCAAGUACGUCUACAGUUAUUAUACCAAGCGCAAUGUUAUACAGGGUGUGACGGGCACCGACAGCUUGAAUGUGCAGGUGCUGUGCGAGCAUACAGGCAUUGGCAAAGACGACAUUAUAUGCUAUCGAUUCACGAGCACCAACUUUGAUCCUGGACACUUUGUCGCCAUUGAUCACAAGACCAAAUCAAUCAUCCUAUCCAUUCGCGGCACAUUCCACGCACGCGACAUCCUCACCGACCUCGUGGCCACCAACACCAAGUUCCUCAAAGGCUACGCCCACAAUGGAAUCCUGCGAUGUGCCCGCAACAAGUUCAACGAGCUCUCCUCACUUCUUGUACAACAAUUAGAUGAACAUCCAGGAUAUAGAUUGGUUCCAGUUGGACAUAGCUUGGGCGCGGGCACAGCGGCAUUGUUCACGUUGUUGUUCCACGCAGAGUACCCAGACCUGCCGAUACAUUGCUACGCUUUCGCGCCACCUUGCGUGACAUCGUUUGAGAUGGCGCUGGACGAGAGUACAAAGAGAUUGAUCACAAGCUUUGUACUCAACGACGAUAUGAUACCACGACUCAGCUACCAAUCACUGGAACAUCUAAAGACAAUGGUCUGCUCGUUACUCGAGAGCAACACCAACCUCAUUCAAAAGUCCUUCCAGAUUCUGGCCGCUGGCAACACGCUGGGCGAGGAGAUGACCAACAAGAUUGCAGGCUUCCUGCGCGUGAGUCGCGAGGUCAAUAUCGUGGCGACCAAGAGCAUAUUGUCCGAGAGCACGAUGCUGCCACCGGGCGACAUCUACAGGAUAUACAAGAUGGAGCAACGCGACAAGCACCAUGUGAUGGAGCGUUCCAACCCGGCACUGUUUGGCGAGAUCAUUAUAUCGAGCACGUUACUCACCGAUCACUUCCCCGACAACUACGAGAACGCCCUGUCAUCGUGUCUACAGAUGCUCAACGACAUCACGCCAGAGAACUAUCUAAGCGAGUUUGUACUGAUGGACAAUGGUGACAUUGUCUCUGAUAUUAAGCCGCCAGUGCUGGCGGGCGAUACUGAUGAUGUAUCUGAUUACUUAAGCGAUGAUGAUGAUGAUGAUAAUGACAAGGAAGAACACAAAGACGAACAAGACGACAACAACAACAAUGUAAAUAGAAUUUCACCAGCAGAAGAGAGUAUACCUACGACGAAGACGACGACGAUCAUCAAUACAAUUGCCAAUGGCGUGCAAGUUGUACCCGCCUCACAGCCAUCGCCAGUGUCCGAGCCAGCGCCAGCGCCAGUACCAGAGCCAUCGCAAGAGCAAGUUGUGACCGAGGAAGCCAUUGAAGUAUGGCCAACCACGAUGUCAUCUUGA